AUGAAAGAUGUUACCAUAUUUGUUCAAGAAACCUCAAAAAAUUAUGGCACUUACCACUUGGGUCACUUGCUUUUAGAAGAGAUGGUAAGUACAAGCAUGUUAUAUCAGGACACCUUUGCCAAGUUUUUGGAGUUAGAGAAGGUGACAAGGCACUGGGGAAGGGAUAGGACACCUGAAUGUUGUCUUUUUCUUGUUGAGCUGUAUUAUGACUUUGGAUCACGUUCCCCAAACAAGUUCAGGAUGUCUGAUUUCAUGUCAGAAGCAUCAUAUCAUCUUUAUAAGAUAAUCGAAUUGAUAGCUCUAGAUAUCUGUUCCACGUUGAUUGUUUUGUUGAAAAAGAUUGUAGGUGAGAUGAUUGAGAAAGACAUGCAUUCUGAGUGUGUAAGUUUGAUUUCCCCCCUUCUAAUUUCUGCAAAAGAUGUGUAUCCUGAUUUAUUAUAUGUUGCCAUCAAAGAACGUGAUGAGGUUACUUCACUUGAACUGUUAGCAUUAGAUGUUUUAAUUAAAGCAUGUGAACACGCAGAGCCGAUGGACAUUGAGGUUCUUUUGAAUUGUCUCCAACAGAAGCUGCAAAUACUCAUGGUUGCAGUUGGUGUGGAAGAAUGUCAUGCUUCUGAGAAAAUGUCAGGCUUAAAAGUGCUCUCUAUUUCUGAGACAGAAUCAAAAGAAAACCCAAGCAAACAUUGGAAUCAUUUGGUUGAUAACAAAGUGAAGGCAAUAUCUCAAAUUGUCUCGCAGAUGAAGAACCUUAUCCAUCCUUGUGGAAAUUCUGCGAGUCAAAUUUUAUCCUCAAAAGUUGAUGGUUCUAUGGCCACAGUUUCAUUAUCCAAAUAUUCCCAUAGAAGAACUCUGAUAUAG